UACUAGAUAUCUGAAACAACAAAGUAAUUAAAAAGUAAGAUGCGCUCCAGAAUUCAGGUCAAACAUGUUACAGAAUUAGUGAAAUGUUUGGAAGAACAUAUGCAACUGAUAGAACCUGUCAUUGGAGUUUUGCAAAGAGCAGUAGAAAAAAGCAAGAUUUGGAUAGAAGAUAAAAAUGACAACCCGUCUAUCACCUACAUCGAGUUAUACCAGGAACUUGAAUCAGCGACCACUGCCAUGUUAGAUGCAGCGUCACACAUUAUAAGUGAAAAUAUAGAGCCCGUAGAUGUCGAGGUAGCAAAGCCAUCUUUUUCUCAGUCUGCACCAAAAACUGCAGCAACAGAAAAACGUGACCGAACUGAAUCAAAAUAUCAAGUGAAAAAACAAGCUCAACAAACAGACGAAAUAGUGAGUCGACUUGAGCAGAUAGAGACAGCCAUAUCUUCUCUACAAGACGCCAAUAUCAAGUCUACAGAUGACAUAUCAGAAAUAAAACAAUGGAGAGACAACUUUGUAACAGAACAGAGUGACAUGGGGGUAAACAUUGAACAACUGAUUAAAAAACAAAAACAGAAUUUUAAAAACCUCAGAAAACAAAUGAGUGAACAAGAUAACAAAAUAAAGGAGCUGAACAAAGAAAUUGAAAGUUUAAAAGAAAAAGAAUCCAAGUCAAACAAAACAUUAGAGAAACUGUCUCUAGAUAUGAAACAAUAUGAAAACAACUUACAAAAAAUAAACAAGAAGAUGCAAUUUUACACAGAUAACACCGACGGUAUAACAAAAGAAAUGAAAAGACAUUCUGAUUUGAUUGUAUCUUUACAAGAGGAAAGUGAUGCAAGCUCAAUCAAACUUGAGAAGGUGCAAUCAAAGCACAGUGUGAUGUACAAACUCCUGCUAAACAGAUUAAUGCACAUUGACAAACUGAUUAAAAUCUUCAACCAAAAUUUGGAGAUAAGAGCGAAAAAUAUUAAAAAGCUUGGAUCUUUAGAAAAAGAUGUUUUGAACUUAACGGGAGAUUUCGAAAAAUUCGAGUCACGUGUAUUUAACAAGUAUGCUUGUUAUAUUGAACUUGCUGAUCCCACACCUGUACGUAUUAAAACAAUUAUUUCAAACUUUGAGGAAGUACAUGAAUAUAACGGUAAACACUUUAAUCCAACAACAGGGAAAUUUGUAUCACCACAUGAUGGUUUAUAUCUUGUCUGUGUCAGUCUACAUGAAAACGAAAACAAACUGAUUGGAGUUGUUGUGAAGGCUGGAUUCAGGGUGUGUAGGUUUAUAGAAGUGAAACGUGCCAACACUAGCACUGCUGGGUCAGUGGUUGUUGACAUGAAGAAAGGUCAAGAACUUUACUUUCAAGUUUUUAACGCAGAACAAGGCGCAACCUUAUCCGGCUACAGCAGUUUUACUAUCGUUAGUUUAUAGAAGCACAAUACAAAACAUGGUAGAUGGUAAAUUCUCCAAACACACGCAAACAACUUACUAUAUGUGUAGACUACAUGUCUAUAAAAACUCUUCUGAUUUGUUUUGGUUAAUCAUCAUAAAUA